GGGAAGUCCAGGAGCAGAGCAUUCUGUCCCUCCUGGAGAGCGUCAUGUUGGGAGGGCGCUGUACUACACAACCCGUGAUGUGUUGCAAAGGAGUGAACAGCAAUUGCAGAAGAAUUGACUGCUACUGUGAUGGGUAUUGUGCUACAAGCAAAGACUGCUGCCCUGAUAUCAGCAUCGCAUGCAAUGAGGUUGCAUCUUCAACAACAACAGCAACAACUAUAAAAGCAACAACAAAAGCAACAACAACAAUAACACCAACAGCAGAAGCAACAACAACAGCAACAAUAACAGAAACAACAAAGGCAACAACAACAACAAUAACAACAACAACAACAACAAAAGCAACAAUAACACCAACAGCAGAAGCAACACCUGCAACAAUAACAGCAACAACAAUAACAACAAAAGCAACAACAAUAACACCAACAGCAGAAGCAACCACAACAACAACAGCUACUACUAGAGCAGCAAUAACAUCCACAAGUAUAACCAGUAAAGCUUCAACACUAUUCAGCAUUUUUACAGCUUUAACACGCAGUACAAUCAUUAUCCAACCAAACUCAUCCACUCCCUCUGCACUGAUGAGUUCUCAGACUGUAAACACUCCCUUAAGCAGCACAGUAACUAAAUUCAGCUCUGUAUCAUCAGCGGUUUCCUUUAAUAUAACCUCUGAUGUUAGCAAAUCCAGUGCACCUCUAAUUACACAAAACACGACCACAGCAACAUUUGAAGUAACGUCUAAAAACAGCAGCCAGAUUUCUUUAAUCAGUGCAACAUCCACUAGUAGGCCAACUGAUGUAUCAACAUCAAGGCUAUCUAUAUCUGUUCUUAGCACAGCUUCUAACACCACCAGCGGAGUUCUAUCUAUGAUCAAUGGAACCACAAUGCCUGUAGUGCCAACAGUCAGCAUUGUUACAGUAACACCUACCACAAAUUAUUCUUCCUCCUAUAGGUCUAUAACCAAUGCAACUGUCACAAUGCAACCAAGUAAGGAGGCAGCACUGUCAAGUACAACAUUAACAUCAGGUGUUGGUUAUAAUAAUGUUACAACAGCAAUUUCAACAACUGGAUUGCCAGUGCUGAGCAGCUUAACAUCAAGAAGUGGCACAGCCUCAAGCAGUCUAAGUAACUCAACAGUGUCUCUUGUCAGUGAAGCCACUAAACUCAGACUGACUGGAGCAUCAACAGGCCCUAUUAUCUCAACAUCAGGAGUCAUUUCUAAUGCCACCAGCAAUGUUACACCUGGGAUAAAUGCUAUCACCAACUUAAAUGCAACUGUAGUGAAAACAGCUGCAACAACUUCUUAUAUCACCAGUAGUCCCACAACCAAUGCAACUACCAAAAUGCCAGAAACUAUAGUGACAGUAUUCUCCACUAUCUCUAAUGGAACACUCACUACAUCUUUUUAUAAUGCAAAUACAGUGGGAAACUAUUCCAGUAGUCCUACAAAUAUAGCAGCCAGCACAAUCACCUUAAAGCAAGCAACUGCAGUGACAACACCCCUCAACACUAUUUCAACUUAUGGGAUGGAUUCCAAAAUCUCAAGUAACUUUGUAACAACAAGGACAACUGAAGUGUCAACAUUGAGUAGCAGUUCUACACAAUAUGCAAACAACACAACCAUCACAAAGCAAACAUCGGCACUGACAGCACCCACCAUCAAUAUAUCAACAUCAUCUGCUAUCAUUAACCUUAAAGCAACUGCUGUAAAUGUAACCAUUGCAACUGUACUGCCAGCAGCAAGCCUUAAUUCUGCAACACCUGCCACUAAUGAAUCCACAAAAUUACAAACAACUUCCAUAAUAGGUCCCACGCCUAUCAGCAGUCUUUUACCUUUUGUCAAUGCAAGUACCACUAGCAGAACUACAAUAUCAGUUCCUAGCUACACAGUACCAUCAGUUCCUAGCUACACAGUACCAUCAGUUCCUAGCUACACAGUAACAUCAGUUCCUAGCUACACAGUAGCAACAUCAGAAAUUGUUCCAAGCACUGCAAGAAACAUUACAACAUUUGUUGUGAAUACAAUAAUAACAACAAUUCCAACAACAAUAAGUACAACACCUUCCACCGCCCUUUUGUCUGGGAAAGUCUCUAAUGCCACUAUUGGCCCUACAGUAACUAUCACUCUUAGGACAACUGAUAUACCAACAAGCAAUAUCCGGAUCAGCACAAUUACAACACAAUCGGAGACCACCUCUAAUAUGAGCACUCCUCUUACAACAUCUGGAAAUGGAUCUGUUAAUUCAACAAACCCCACAUCAGUACCUGGAAUAACUAUUGUCAGUAAGGCAUCUGUGAUGAGUGUAGUUACCACCAACCAAACAGCUAGAGUAACAGACCCAAGCACUGCUAUAUCAGCAGCCAGAACAACCUUAAGUACCCCAAAUACUUCCCUAUCUGUUGCAUUAUUGAGCAGCAUAAGUACAGUUAGCCCAGUGUCCAAUAUGGCAUCACCAUCUCCAAGAAGUAUGCUUCCUACUUUAUCCACAGGAGCACCUACUGUACAACAAAUUGCUGCAGAUGUGAUGAUGCCACAGGUGACAUCUACAAGUGGUCUGCCAGUUAUGGCUACAAAUAAACCUGUCUACACAUCUGUGAUGUCUAUGGACAACGGCACACGCAUUUUCCAAACUAGCCCAGCUUCAUAUACAACCAGUGGAAUGGGCCCGGUAGCUGCAACCAGCACAACAGAACCUACUGUCGACAACAAUCGGAAAAGGAAGAAACUGAUUUCUUUAUUUUGGUCACCAAUAUUCCAUGCUCUAGCAAGUAUUGACCAUUCCCAUCCACCAGCCUCAAAUGUUAGUGCUAUUGAUAAACAUGCAUUUGGACAACUGGGGCUUUACAACCAUACAUCUGGCACAGGAAAUAAUUCAGAUAUUAAUAAUUCAACCAGGGAGCCUCCCAAAAAAGGCUCUGAGGAUUAUUUUGAAGUUUUCCAAUUUAGCUAUUUGAGAAUAAAAAGGAGAGACAGUGCAUCACAGUCAAGAAGUAUUUUACAAGAUAUUCGGCAGCUACUUGAGGAGAAUGUCCAGGGCACAGACUUCAUGGACAAGCUAAAAGCACUGAAGGAAAACCCCUGAGUAGAGACUGAUGGCCUACACAUCUGUAUUGUUUAUUGUACAUUGCUUUAUUGCUUUGUUUUUGUGUGUUUUAUUGG